CUCAUUUUUUGUCUUGACAGGUUGGUUAGUUUGGGAUAGAAUCCACAUGUGGUUUACACUGGUCUGAUGUGUUCCAGUCUCCUGAGAUAGGGGGCGCCGUUUCUAAAAUGAGUGUCUCAAGGGAGCCAGAAACCAAAGCAGGAUCACUCAGCACUGAGAGAAAGAGGGUGCAGGUAGAAAGAGCAGGGUCACCAGUACCCAGUUGUAUGUCUAUGAAGAGUGAAUUAUCAAUGGGGAGGAUACUCAACUUCAGAGAAGAGUAUCCAGGUGAUUCAAGGGCCCAGGCAGAAAGAGCAGGGUCACCUGUACCCAGCUGUAUGUCUAUGAAGAGUGAAGCAUCAAUGGGGAAGCUGUUCAACUUCAGAGAAGAGCAUCCAAGUGAUUCAAGGAUUCAGCAGUCACUGAAGUCCAGCCCUUUCGAAGAGAAGAGUUUAGAUAAAUUAUCUUCCGCAAAAAAGUCUCUCCUGAGCACUCUGAUGAAGCUGAAGAAGGAGGAGUUGAAACUGUUUCAGAGCCAUCUGAGUCAGAAUUGCCCAGAAUGCCUUAAAAUUCUGCCUGAAGAUCCUUCUAUACUGGAUAAGUUUAUGAAGAUCAAUAUUGCUGAUUACCCAGAAUGCAUUGAGAGAGAACAGGAAGAUUCUGAGGCUGUGUACAUAGUUGAGAAGAUGCUGGAGACCUGUGGCAGUGAGAGGUCUCUGAAGAUCACACUCCACAUCCUGAGGAACAUGAAGCGGAAGGAUCUCACCGACUCACUGGAGAGAGGUGAGCAGCUCAAUGAAUCCAUAAAAAGAGCCCAGCAGGAACUGAAAACUCAUCUGAAGAAGAAGUUUGAAUGCAUAUUCGAAGGUUUAGCAAAGCAGGGCCACCCAACCCUCCUGAAUGAGAUCUAUACAGAGCUCUACAUCACAGAGGGGGGAAGUGGGGAGGUCAAUAAUGAACACGAGGUCAGACAGAUUGAGACAGCAUCCAAGAGACAAACCACACAGGAGACUGCAAUCCUCUGCAAUGACAUCUUUAAGCCUUUACCUGGACAAGAGAAACCCAUCAGAACUGUGCUUACAAAGGGCAUAGCUGGCAUUGGGAAAACUGUCUCUGUGCAGAAGUUCAUUCUGGACUGGGCAGAAGGAAAAGCCAAUCAGGACGUUGAUUUCAUCUUCACUCUUCCUUUCCGAGAUCUGAAUCUGCAGAAGAAAAGAGAAUUCAGUCUGAUGCAGCUUCUGCAGCACUACUUUCCACAGCUGAAAGAGAUCAAAAGUGUUGACGGUGAUGAAGUCAAAGUUGUAUUUAUCUUUGAUGGACUAUAUGAGUGUCGACUUCCUCUAAAUUUCCAAAGUAAUAAGUCCUGCGCCGAUAUAACAGAGUCAUCAUCAGUGGAUGUGCUGCUGACCAACCUCAUUAAGGGGAAUCUGCUUCCCUCUGCUCUCCUCUGGAUCACCUCCCGACCAGCAGCAGCCAAUCAGAUCCCUCCUGAGUGUGUCCACCGGGUGACAGAGGUACGAGGGUUCAAUGACCCGCAGAAAGAGGAGUACUUCAGGAAGAAAAUCAGAGAUGAGAACCAGGCCAGCAGAAUUGUCUCACACAUUAAGUCAUCCAGGAGCCUCUACAUCAUGUGUCACAUACCAGUCUUCUGCUGGAUUUCUGCUACUGUUCUGGAGACAAUGUUGGGUAAAACAGAGAGUGGAGAUCUGCCCAAAACUCUGACUGAAAUGUACACACACUUUCUGCUUAUUCAGACUAAGGUGAAGAAUCAGAAAUAUCAUGGCACUGAUGAGACAGACACAAAGAAGAUGUCAGCAUUAGAUACAGAAAUCAUCCUGAAACUGGGGCAGCUGGCUUUUCUACAGCUGGAAAAGGGCAAUCUGAUAUUCUAUGAAGAGGACCUGAGAGAGAGUGGCAUUGAUGUCAGUGAAGCUUCAGUGUACUCUGGGGUGUGCACAGAGAUCUUUAAAGAGGAGUGUGGGCUGUAUCAGGAGAAGGUCUACUGCUUUGUGCAUCUGAGCAUUCAGGAGUAUCUGGCUGCCUUGUUUGUAUUUCAAUCAUGUGUAAAUGAGAACAGAAAUGUACUCAGAGCAGAAGAAUCAAAACCUCACAGUGACAGAGUGCAGCUGUCUGAGUUACACAGGAGUGCAGUGGAUCAGGCCUUAGAGAGUAAGAAUGGACACCUGGACCUUUUCCUCCGAUUCCUUCUCGGCCUCUCUCUGCAAUCCAUUCAGUCUCUCUUAGGAGGACUACUGACAGAGACAGGAAGCAGAUCAGAGAGCAUUAAGAAAACAGUCCAGUACAUUAAGGACAGGAUCAGACAGGAAUCUUCAGCAGAGAGGAUCAUCAAUCUGUUCCACUGUCUCAAUGAACUGAAUGACAACUCUCUAGUGGAGGAAAUCCAGAAUUCCCUGAGAUCAGGAAAACUUUCUGAUAAAGAGCUGGAACCAGACCAAUGUUCAGCUCUGGCCUUUGUGUUACUGAUGUCGGAGGAGAUCCUGGAUGAGUUUGACUUGAAGACAUACAACACAUCAGCAGAAGGUCAUCAGAGACUGGUACCAGUAGUCAGGAACUGCAGGAAGGCCAUACUGAACAGCUGUGGCCUCACAGAGAAGUCCUGUGAUAUUGUGGCCUCAGCUCUCCAGUCAUCAGACUCACCCCUGAGAGAUCUGGACCUCAGCUACAAUGACCUGGGAGAUUCAGGAGUGGAGCUGCUCUGUCCUGGACUGAUGAGUCCAAACUGUAAACUGCAGAGACUGGGACUGAACAACUGUGAACUCACACAGAAGUGCUGUAAUACUGUGGCCUCAGCUCUCCAGUCAUCAAACUCACCCCUGAGAGAUCUGGACCUCAACUACAAUAACCUGGAAGAUUCAGGAGUGAAGCUGAUCUGUGUUGGACUGAUGAGUCCAAACUGUAAACUGCAGAGACUGGGACUGAACAGCUGUGACCUCACAGAGAAGUCCUGUGAUAUUGUGGCCUCAGCUCUCCAGUCACCAAACUCACCCCUGAGAGAUCUGGACCUCAGCUACAAUGACCUGGGAGAUUCAGGAGUGGAGCUGCUCUGUGCUGGACUGAUGAGUCCAAACUGUAAACUGCAGAGACUGGGGUGAGUAAUGCUGUGUACU